CCUAGGUAGAGACGCCCUCUUCGCGGCGUCUCUUAAUGUUGGGAAGCUCAUACACUGUUUACAGAGGAAAUACGCAAGAAGGCGAUGGACAUAUUGGAAAUGACUGACAAUGUUAUCAAAGCCUUGACCCCAGUUUCCGAUGAGAACGACCCUGGUGUAUUUGAAAGCAAGCCUCUUCCAGACGACGACGUCAUGACCCACGUACAGACCGGCGACUCGCAAUCCCUGCUGACAAGCCAUCUCAACAGGACCACAUCCCAGGUUUUCUCCAUCGAUCCGCCGACCGAUUUCAUCUUUUCAAUGGCAAAUGCGGCGGGCGAAGAGAGGAGCAAGCAACAACUGAAGUAUUCACAGGAGCUUCUGGGUUCUGUUUUCGAGCGCGUGUCUGAAGAGAUCAAGGACACGUUCAUGAGCCUUCGUAAUAGGCAUCUGCAUGAUGGAAGUGGUCCACUCAUGGAUAUGUUUACAACGAAUGGGUAUGGCCUCGACAAUGACUUGAUGUCACCAGUAGGUCGUCGACUCUAACGUUGAUAACCGGCCCUGAUGUAUGCUGCUAACAAUAUAAAAUGUACAAUUUCUGUCCAUCUUGACUUCGGACAACGAAAUGGGGCGUUUUUCAGUACUGUUGAUAAUUCUCCGUCACAAGGUGGAAGGACGCAGUAUUGUCGCCUGAGGUGGUACCAACAGCGAGGCCCAUUUGGCAGGCAUCCGUAGAGAAUAACGCGGCAAGUAUUCGAAAUAAGACGGAAAAUUGAAGUAAACCGCGAAGAUGGCAGGAAGAGGCGAAAAGUCACUAUCGUGGUGUAUCACGUGAUAGUCG